AUGUCUAUAAACUACAGUACACCGCAUGCGGCGGAUAUUCCAGUAACUGACAUGGACGAUCCCGAAGAUGACAUUAUCUUUCAUGAACAUCAUCGAAAACACAAUAGCUUUGAACUAGAUCAUGAUAAUUUCUUAACGGGACUCGAUUAUGAGAAUAGUUAUUCGAAUAACUUGAAUGAAGGUGGCGGCUUUAUAACCAAGUUCAAACGGCUAUUUACUAAUAAUCAUAGUAGGGGUAGGGGUAAUGACUAUGAGAUGAUACAGCGUUCAGAGUCGAGUGUUGAAACACCUGAUCGUGAUUAUGACAACGACGACGAGGAGGAUGAUGACUACGAACACCAAUAUGAGGAGGAUCAGCCACCACCUAUAGACUUGAGAGAUCGCAGAUUGAGGCUCUUGGAGAAUCAAGUAAAGAAUAGAACAAUUAUCGGUGGUGUCACGAUACUUUUAAUUGCAAUUGUGAUAUUAGUCCUAUAUCUAACAAAGCUGAACCUUGCUAUCGGGGGGAAGGCACAACUGAGCAAUUAUCAAAAGAAAACUUUUUCAAACUCAACUCAUGAUUUCUACCCGACAACCAUUUUGAUAUCGUUGGACGGUUUCCAUCCUCACUAUAUAAACCCCCAAGAUACGCCGACAUUACACAAUAUGAUGAUCAAUGAUUAUGGGGCUCCAUAUAUGACGCCAAGUUUCCCCUCUCUGACGUUCCCUAAUCAUUGGACCUUGGUCACGGGGCUAUAUCCAUCAGAACACGGAAUUGUUGGAAACACCUUUUGGGAUCCAAAGUUGAAAAAACAAUUUAUCAAUACAGAUCCAAAAAAGGGAGGCUUGGAUCCUGAUUUCUGGAGGGGCGGUGAACCAAUAUGGAAAACUGCAAAGCUACAAGGCUUGAAAUCGGCAGUGCACAUGUGGCCUGGUUCAGAAGUACCGCAUAUUGGACCUGACAAAGAUUAUGAUAAAUUUGUUGAAGGUGAACUUUUAUCUGCUAAAGUUGAUAGACUCAUGGAAUGGCUCGAUCGUGAAAUUGAAGAUAGACCAGAAUUAAUUUUGACUUAUGUUCCUACAGUCGACCAGUAUGGUCACUUAUACGGUAUAUCAGGAGACAAUUUAACUCAAAGCUUGACAUAUGUUGAUAAUUUUGUCGACUUGGUAAAAGGAGAGUUACAUAAUAGAAAUCUAGAUGAUAUUGUCAACUUGAUAAUUGUGAGUGAUCAUGGGAUGGCACCUACAUCUAAAGAUAGAGUAUUGUACCUUGAUGAUUUAAUAGAUUUGGCUAAGAUCGAACAUAUUGAUGGAUGGCCAUUAUUUGGUUUAAGACCAAAGGGAAACCUGGAAGAAACUUAUAACGAAUUAGUCCAAAACUUUAGUAAACUUGACCCAGAAGUGACAAAAAAUUAUCAGUUAUACAAGGUGGAAGACAUCCCAAAAAGACUACAAUUUGGUGGCAGUUUGGAAGACCAUCGAUAUAACUAUAGGUUGGCACCAAUUUGGUUGUUUCCUAAUGUGGGCUAUGCUAUAACUACACAUCAAAAAAUGAAAGAUGAUGGAUACGAAUACAAGCCAAAAGGAGUACAUGGGUAUGAUAACUCGCAUUUGUUGAUGCGAGCCAUAUUUUUAGCCGAUGGGCCUUACUUUAAAGAAAAAUUUCAUUCUAAAAAGGUCCAACCUUUUGCCAACACUGAAGUGUAUAACAUCAUUUGUGAUACUUUAAAUUUGGUUUCUUCUCCAAAUAACGGUACUAUGAACAUAAACAUUAUCGCCAGUAAAGAAUUGCCCAGCGAUUGGAGCGAUGAGUUGAGUUUCCCUGAUUUGCCAUUUGAAGUAGAACAUAUUGUUCGCAACAAUGCAACGUACGAUCAGCUUUGGAGAAAGGGAAAUAAAGGCAAACCAGAAGACGUUUCAAAAAACCCUAAUCCUAGUGAAUCAAUAAAAUCAAAAGAGUCAUCACUAACUCUGUUUGAACUGCAAUCAAUACCCAAGCCAAGUGAUUUUGAAGUCACCGUUACAUCUGAUACUCAUACGGUCAUCACCACCACCACCGCUACUGCAACAACAACACUUCAUGAAGGAUUUGGUGGCUUCAUUGGAGAUAUAAUUGAAGAAAUAGAGGAUAGUGUUGAUUCAAUUGGAGACGCAAUACAUCAUUUUAUAGAAGAUAAUUUUAAUAAUUGA